GGUUCCUCUCUGCUAGAGUCUCAGAGGGCCUCCCCGGACUGUCGCCGAGGCGCCGCGGCGCGGGGGCAAAGAAGCCGCCACCCGUGCAGCGCGUUGUCCUCGCAGCCGGCGGCGGGAAGCGAGCGUGCCCUCCGAAGCCCAGGGCUCCUGCGAUCCCUUUCACCCGCGCCAUGGCAGUCCCAGGUUGCAACAAGGAUAAUGUUCGAGCAGGGUGUAAAAAAUGUGGCUACCCUGGUCACCUGACUUUUGAAUGCCGCAAUUUCCUCCGAGUAGACCCCAAGAGGGACAUAGUCUUGGAUGUCAGCAGCACAAGCAGUGAAGAGAGUGACGAAGAGAAUGAGGAACUGAAUAAAUUGCAGGCACUACAAGAAAAAAGAAUAAAUGAAGAAGAGGAGAAGAAAAAAGCAAAAAGCAAAGAGAAAAUCAAGUUGAAAAAAAAAAGGAAAAGGUCUUAUUCAUCCAGUUCUGCUGAAGAGGACACCUCAAAACCAAAGAAACAAAAAUAUCAGAAGAAAGAAAAGAAAAAAGAAAAAAAGAAUAAGUCAAAAAAGGGGAAACAUCACAAAAAGGAAAAAAAGAAGAGAAAAAAGGAAAAGCAUUCUUCCACCCCUACUAUUUCUGAAAUCUCCAAAAAGUAACAGACUAUGGCUUAAGCCAUUAAAUUUAAAAUUUUGGUUUUGAGAAUGAUUUCACCUUCCUUGGAAUUUGCUAUAUAAUUAUGCUUUGCAAUAAAUCACAGGCUUGUU